CAAAAAUGGCUUCCGUCAACAACAUUAACACGUUGCAGAAUAACAUGUUUAAGAAAAAAACAGCAUUUAAGACAUUUUUGAGAUGGUUUGCAGUUACCGUCAUACUUGUAUCUAUACUGAAGUUUACUGCAACAGAUGCACUCGAUGAAAGUGAAAGCAGUACUUCGGAAACGUCAACAACAGAUGAAGAGACAACAAAUGCAGACGACGAAAUCGAAUUAAAUGCUGAUGACACUAAUUUUGAAACAGAAGAGAAAGACUUUUACUCAUUUAAUACUACUGACAUAACUGGAAAUCCCAUUUCAUUAGAACAAUACAGAGGAAAGGUUUCCCUCAUUGUCAACGUGGCAUCAGAAUGUGGAUUUACAGAUGAUCAUUAUAAAGGCUUAGUCAGACUGCAGGAGUUUUACAGAAAGGAGGAUUUCACCGUGCUGGCAUUUCCUUGCAAUCAGUUUGGAGCCCAGGAACCUGCUAGCAACUAUGAAAUAGAAAAGUUUGCAAGGUCCACAUACAGAGUUGACUUUCCAAUGUUUGCCAAAGUUAAUGUGCUCAACGACAAUGUGCCAGAUGAAUGGAAAUACCUCAUAGAACAGACUGGAGAACCACCAAAUUGGAAUUUCUGGAAGUACCUUGUUGAUCGAAAUGGAUACUUACUAAAUGCCUGGGGUCCUUGGGUGUCUGUUGCAGAAAUUUAUGAAGAUAUUAAACAAGCAGUUGAGGAUAAUGAAUCUGAUACUGUGGUUACAGAAUCUAAGUCUACUUUAGAUCCUCACGGAGGAGAAUUGUGAAUGAUUUAAUGGAAUAUAUAUGUUUGUCCAACGCUUCUGUCGAUCAAAAUUUACUCACAUAUCAAAUAUAUGGCAUACAAUUGUGUAUUAGUGUUGCUGUAAAACUUGUUUUCUGUCAUGUUAGUAUAGGUCUGUUUAGAAAUGCAUUGAUUUGGCUUCUGACUGAUCAGGAAGUUAACUGGAAUCAAAUUGUCUGUCUAUCGUUUUGUUUGUCCGUCCAUCUGUCUGUAGACCAUAACUUGUUCAGAAACAUGUAUCUUCUAAAAUGACCAAUU